CGUGUCCCCGUUGGGGGCCCCCUCCUGAGUCCCGCAGGGCGUGUCCCCCGUGGGCGCCCGCAGCGCAUCCCCCGCCGCCGUCGCCGCCGUCCCCGCCGGGAGUCCCUGUGCCCACCCCUGUCCCGCCCGGGGCGGGCCAGCCCGGGAAGGGUUAAACGGCGGGGCCGGCGCGGGGGGCGGAGCGGCCGCCCCGGGAUAAGGCGCGGCGCGGGGAGGGCUCAGCCCUACGGAGCCGCGGGCAGCGCCGCGCCGAGCCCACCCGUGCCCGAGCCCGAGCCCACCCGUGCCAUGCCCCGGGGCGGCGGCGGCUGCUGCUCCCGGCGGCGCGGCGGGGGCGAAGGGGGCGAGCAGCCCCCCCCGGCACCGGCCAUGACCCCGCGGGUGGGCAGCGCCUGAGCGGCCGCCCCGCCAUGCGGCCCCCCACGGCUCGGGACCUGCCCCCAGGCGGGCGCCCGGCGGCCCUGCUGCUGCUGGCGGCGCUGGUGUGGGUGCCCGGCGGGGCUCCCGCCUGCCCCGCGCUCUGCACCUGCUACGUCUCGCCGCCCACCGUCAGCUGCCAGGCCAACAACUUCUCCUCGGUGCCCGCGGGGCUCCCGCCCGGCGCCCGCCGCCUCUUCCUGCAGAACAACGUCAUCGGGGCGCUGCGGGCGGGCACCUUCGGGCCCAGCACCGUCACCCUCUGGCUCUACUCCAACAACAUCUCCUCCAUCCAGCCGGGCACCUUCCGCCACCUGCCCGCCCUGGAGGAGCUCGACCUGGGUGACAACCCGCACCUCCGCGUCCUGGCCCCCGACACCUUCCACGGCCUCCACCGCCUCCAGGCCCUGCACCUGUACCGGUGCCGGCUGGCCAACCUGCCCAGCGGCAUCUUCCGCGGCCUCCGCAGCCUCCAGUACCUCUACCUGCAGGAGAACGGGCUGCUCUACCUCCAGGACGACCUCUUUGCCGACCUGGCCAACCUGAGCCACCUCUUCCUGCACGGCAACCGGCUGCGGGCGCUGUCGGAGGGCGUCUUCCGGGGGCUGUCGAGCCUGGACCGCCUGCUGCUGCACGCCAACCGGCUGGCGGCCAUCCACCGCCGCGCCUUCGGGGGGCUGGCGCGCCUCACCAUCCUCUACCUGUUCAACAACAGCCUGGUGGCCCUGCCCGGCGACCCGCUGGCCGCGCUGCCCUCGCUCCAGUUCCUGCGCCUCAACGCCAACCCCUGGGCCUGCGACUGCCGUGCGCGCCCGCUCUGGGCCUGGUUCCGCCGCACGCGCGUCUCCAGCUCCCCGGUGCCGUGCGCCAGCCCUCCGCACCGCCGCGGCACCGACCUGCGCCACCUCCGCCCCCGCGACUUCGACGCCUGCCCCGACGACGACGACGAGGACGACGACGAGGACAAGAUGGAAGACGGCAACGGCGGCAAUGGGGUGGCGGUGAUGGGCACCCCGGGGCGGGCGCUGGGUCGCCCCGGCACCCUCCCGGCCGCGCCGCCCUCCGCCUUCUACCGCGACGGGCUGCCCCCCCACGACCUGCGGGGACCCCAGCCCCGGCCGCCCCCCCCGUCCCGUGACUCCCGCGGGCCCCCCGAGGACGCCAGCUGCCCCCACGACCCCUGUGCCCCCAUGGCCGCCGCCGCGCCCCACCGGCCCCCCGCCCUCCUGCCCCUCCUGGCUCUGAUCCUGCCCCGACUCUGAGCCCCCCUCGGCGCCCCAAGGGGGUCCCGGCUCCUCGGGGCGCCCGUGCCCCCCUUCUCCCCAGGGGAGGCUUCAAGAACUGUGGGGAACGGCCGGCGAGGGGGGGGGCCGCAGGAUGCAGAAGGGGGGGGUCCCCUCCCAUCCUGAGCGGGAAAAACCCCCAACAGGAACCAAAAGGUGGGAAAUUAUUUAUUAAAAAUGGUCUUAUUUUGGGAGA